AUGAGUAACUCGUAUCUCUUCUCCCUCUGGGCGGACCUUCUGCGUCCCUCCGAACAGCUCUUCGUCCUUCAUCGCGCGGCAACUCUUCUGCGUCCUUUCCGGCAGACCUUCUGCAUUAUUCUCUACCUCCCACGCAAGUCCAAGGACAACCCCACGUCAUACUUGAACUGUACGUCAGGGUUAUCACCAGCAACUCCACCAGCAGUCAGGCUUAUUUUUACAUAUGUCUUGACUCUACGUUGCAUGCUUCCCAUCAGACUGGCGAUCUUGAUUCAGCCACAGCAAAACGAUCAUGCCUUCACACGACGAGGAGGUUCGAAAAACGCUGCAGUGCUCAGUGUCCAUGUCAACAAAGCCUUUCGCUUCGAGAAGAUCGAUCUGGAACUCCAAAAGGAGGUCAGUGGCAAGAUCGUGGAUGACAUUUUCAGACAUGCGGGUUUAGCAAAAGACGAUGCGCCCGAAUGCUGGGAGAAGUCCCAGGACAGGCUCGUGAAGGGCAAGCUUCUGAACACUACGUUGAGCACGAGAAUUACCGCCUACAGUGGAUGGAAGACCAUCAAACAGUAUUCGAAAACAGCCAUGCGACUCUACCAGCAAACCGGAAAGCUUCCCUGCCUUCCAGCCCACGUCAUGAUCUCCAUGAUCGCGCUUCUGUUCUACCGAAAGAUCAGAUUGGACACGGCCAGCAUGAAGAAGUCCAGCCCGAACGUGCUUGAACUCUUCGGCGCUCAUGACACAACCAAGUGGCUCCGAGUUGCUAUUCUCACUUCCGAACAGGUCGGGCAUGAAAGCUUUCUUGUGGAGGUGGACCAUGAGAUGGUUGCUCCUCAGGUCCGCAAGGAGCACAGCGGUAGCGACAACUUCAGCAUCGUUACUACAACAGAGCCACCCAUCAGUAUCGAGGCCUUGUCGAUUCUCGCUUUCGACACACUCAAAUCCAACUCUGAAGACGAGUCCCACCGAGAGUCAACAGCGUCGACCGACACCGACGACUCGCCCAUCGAGCAGGUGGUGACGCGUUCCAUCACCAGGGUCCAGGCCCUCGAGCGCGCUGGCGAUCUUAUCAACCAGGUUCGGAACCCCGACUUCGACCAGUUUGCCUUGAAGGACAAGAUGGGACUGUGGCUCAGCGAGCCAGUCAUCCGGGUCUUGCCGAUGGGUCUGAGGAAGACGGUGUUGCUUUAUUGUUCUGAUCACCUGCCGGACUGGAGUGUUAAAAUCAAGGAGCACUACUUCGAGGACAGAGAUGAGCAUACCUGGCAGGAGACGAUUCAGGUGGCGCCCGCUGAGCAGGUGUACGGCAAAGAGACCCUUGGCUCGUUGCUGGCCAAGCUCAAGACUAUUGAAGCCAAUAUCCAUCCAACGGAACUCCGUGAGGCGACCUUGGAUCGGGACCUUGCAACCUUUGCCCGUAAGAAAGAGACCUUUGCCGAAGAAAUGAGCCAGCAGCGCCAGACCUUGGAUUGGGACCUUGAGGUCUUUGCCCGGCAGCGCCAGGCCUUGGAAGAUACGAGCGAUUUGGAGACACUAUGGGGGUGGUUCCAAUCCGCCGAGGUUAAUAUUCCAGACGUCCUUCGCAUUGUGAUGCACGCCAGGUGCAGCUGGGACACGCUUCAGCGACUGUCGGAUUUGGACAACGUGCAAAACUGA